AUGAUUACUAGUCGUUAUUACUCCGCUACUUCCGAAGUUAAUCUACUUGAACUUGACCUUGACUAUUAUAUAAAGCGACCUAGUCUACUAUAUUACGGUAAUACCGAGGCCUUAACUAAACUGAGUAGUCUCUUAUUAAAUGAGGCUAAAGUCUUCAAGAAUAAUAGAAUAACGGGCCUUUGUUUUAUUAAGUAUGGCAUGAAUUUAUUAGAAAGAGUAACUAAGGACUCUCGCCCUUUUAAUAUAGACCUCUUUUUACGGGGUAUUUGGAAGGGUAUUCGGCAUCUUUAUAGUUUAAAUCUCAUUUAUUAUGAUCUUAACCCGACUAAUAUCCUAAUAGAUAGGAAUACUCCGGGAGAAAAAUUAGGUUUCAAGGCUAGGACCAGAGGCUGGACGAGUGAGGAUUUUAAGUUUGCAAGGCCCGAGAAUAAUGAAUAUAGAUUAUUAAAGAUUCGAGAUUUUCUAUUUUAA